AAAAAUACACACGGAUACAAGCUCGAAUGUUGUGUUUUCAGGGUUUUCUGCCUCCCGUGCUGGUGUUUGUCCAGUCCAUCGAGCGAGCGCGGGAGCUUUUCCACGAGCUCGUCUACGAGGGCAUCAAUGUGGACGUCAUCCACGCUGAGCGCACGCAACAACAGCGGGACAACGUGGUCGAGAGUUUCCGCUGCGGAAAGAUCUGGGUGCUGAUCUGCACGGCGUUGAUGGCCCGAGGAAUCGAUUUCAAAGGCGUCAACCUGGUGCUCAACUAUGAUUUCCCCACCAGCGCCGUCGAAUACAUUCACCGGAUAGGUAAGCAACCUUUGCAUGGAUCUGAAUUUGUCUCCAACAAAAGAUACUUGUAAUGUCAACGUAUUUCCAUCAGUGUUCGUCAACCCGUUCUAUUUGCAU